UUAAACGACACUCGAACGAUGCGGCGCCCGCGCACCACGCUUGUGUCGAAUCGCUUAGUGCUGCAGCAAGCAGUAAUCAUUUAUAUCAGUUUCUAUUUCUUUGCAUACUGGUUAAAUUACGUCGAUUUUAUCUCGGAGUUGAUCAUUUAUUCUACCACGCCCAUCUACCCCCACUUUUAUAAGAAAAUGAGUUCUGGUAAAGGCCCUCCUGGCUCUUCAUCUGAUUUAUAUAUUUUUUUAUUAUACAUCUAUUACAGAUUGUAUUCAUUUUUAUCCAUAGACAAAAAAAUAAUUGACGUAUCUUAGCAACUAUUAUGUUAUUGUUUAUUCAAUAAUUCUGUAUAACAGUAAUUUAAAGUUAUUAAGACAAGGAAGUACAUUUCACUAUCAAUUUAAUUAGUAAAAGUAAUUAACAUAAAAAAUUGUCAAAUCAAACUAAAAUUAAUUAAGAAUGGAGUUUACUGUUCCUAACAUAGAAAAAUUAGCUGAUUUAUUAACUCUACCUGAACCAGAUGUUUUACAAGGCGAUGACUUAUCUAAAACAACAAAUUAUGAAAUCUCAACUUCAAGAGAUAAUAAAAAAUCCGAGACGGCUAAAACGGACAAAACUUAUAAGACUAUUGAAGAUUAUGAGAUACAACAAACCGAAGACGCGGAGCUGAUGGGUACGACUGGAUUAAGAGUAGAAGACCGUAAGGCACCUGCUUAUACCAUGAAUUACCAACAAUCUGUUAGCGCAGAAGAUGUCUUUUUACAGAUGGGGCCAAAAACGCCGUCGUCCGCUAGUUGCGAGAAUUUAGUCGUAAGAGUUGCAAUGCCAGGAGAUAAAAAAGAAAACAUCGAUUUAUCUGUUGACACAACUUGUGUUACUAUCACUUCAUCCCGUUACUAUUUGAAACUGCCGUUGCCUCAUGAAAUUAAUCCUGACACGUCAAAAGCAAAUUGGGAUAGUGCUGAGGAAUCACUGAUGUUGACGCUGAAGUUAAAUAGAGAAUUUGAUUUCGUCAAUUUCUAAAGCUUUCUAAGAUUUAAUAUAGCGCAAAA